AUGGCACCGCGCUGUGUGCGUGGGUACAUAUUGAUCUCUCUUUCUGGUAGAUGUGUAGCCAGCUGCAGCAAUAUGAGUGCCUUUCAGAGGAAAACAAGUUGCCCUCAGCUCUCGGUUUUUGGAAAUAUUCAAAGCAGAGGAAUUCGACACAUCGUGGAAAAGAAAGAAUGAAAAACAACAAUAAUUGAGGGAACAACUGAGCCACAGCCACCCAACGCCACAGCCCAGUGCCCCAUCUAUCGAUGGAACCUGCAGAACAACUACAACUACACAGAUGUCCUGUUGCUCAGUCAGUUCAUCAGGUCUGAUGGAGGAAUGCUGCCUCGUAGAGUCACUGGUCUCUGUGCCCAGGAGCACCGCAAGAUCGCCAUCUGUGUGCAGAUGGCUCACAGAGCAGGUCUGCUCCCAGAUCACAAACCAACACUACCAGAGGGACACAUCCCAAAGAAGCCCAAGCCACAGCUCAACAGAUAUCUGACUCGCUGGUCCAUUGAUUCAGUGAAGCCCAUCUAUAGGACGGGGCUGAAGUGGUGUAAAAACCGAUCUGUCGGCCACCCAGCUCUCGGAAACAACGUACAGUACGGCAAGAAAAUCCUCUACCUGAAACAUUGAUGACCUGGGUGCAUGUCAACUCACAGCAGCAGGAGUCAGUGUGGGCGGGACAGAGAUGGGGUA